AUGAAGUACAGGACGCUGGUGAUGUACAUGGAGAUCGGCUGUUUCGUGUCCUGCCUGUGUGGCUGGAUACUGGUGUGUUCCACUCUUCCCACAGAGUACUGGACUUUCUCCGAGGUGGGCAGCAUCGUGCUGACAACCUCCAACUACUACUCCAACCUGUGGAAGGACUGCAUCUCAGACACCACGGGGGUGUCCGACUGCAAGGACUACCCUUCCAUGCUGGCCCUGCCUGCGUUCCUACACGCAUGCAGAGCGCUCGCCGUCUGUGCCGUCAUCACGGGUUUCUUUGGAGGCGUCCUCACACUCAUAGGGAUGAAAUGCACUAAAAUAGGUGGAUCGGAGAUUGCCAAUGCGAGGGUGACCUUCGCAGGCGGUAUAACCUACCUGGUUUCAGGAUUCUGUGGUAUGAUCACGUACUCAUGGUGGGCCAACAGACUUGUAACAGAAUUCUUGGAUCCAAAUUUCAGAGCACAGAAAUUUGAAAUUGGAGCAGCUGUUUUCAUUGGCUGGGGAGGCUCCAUUCUUCUCCUCUCUGGAGCGACAGUGAUGACUUACUUCUCUGGAAAAGAAGGUCUGCCAAGAUCUCCAGAAAGGCCACGGAGACCGGCUACUUACGCCACCGCCCGGACCAGACGGACCUACAUGCUGCCAGCCUCGUCGUCCAGAGUGACUGUGCGGCCGCCGCUGUUCUAUGAAGGCAGGAAGAGCCGAGCAACCAGAGCGACAACGAAGACCAGCGGGACCUUCAACAGGGACAGCUUUGUCUAA